AUGCAGCUUGCACUACAUCGCUUUGACACAUCGUUCCUUCUCGAAGCACCGACGCUCAAGCCUGCUGACAUACCGGAAAUAUUAUGGUUCGAGGAGGAGACGGAACUGAUUCGCAGCUGUGGCGCCCUCAGCUCUGCCCUCGGACUGCAGAAGAGCUUCAGCACGAGCGACAUCAGCCAGCUGCCGUCGCCGCAGGGCACGGCGGCCGCGCGCUGCGCCGUGUCCGAGCUGGCGCUGUGGGGCGACGCGACGCACGCGCGCCUCGAGCCGGCGUCGCGCUCCUGCUCCACGUGGGUGGCCGUCGGCGACGUCGCCUCCACGUCGCAGCUGCCCUCGCCGCACGGCGCCCCGCCGCCUCCCGUUCCCGCCUUCACUGCCGCAGAUCUCAUCCGCUCCGUCAACAAGAAGGUGGCCGGCCGAUCGAUGGAGAGCCCCGCCUGCAGGCCCGGCCUUGUCCCUGCCGAACAACGGACACAGUCACGUGGUCCUCCCAGCCGCCCGCGCCCGCCACGGUCGCUCUCGCCUCAUCCCACAGCCGCCGAGAACCAAGAAUAG